AUGGAUGAGAUGAAGGAGAAUAUAAAGAGGACGAACCCUGUAGAAGACUUGGUUCACAGAACUGACUUCCCUUUUGUGCCUUCCAUCAAUGCUCACCCUUUGCCACCCAAGUUCAAGAUGCCUUCCUUAGAUUCAUAUGAUGGGACGCGGGAUCCGUUUGACCACAUUGCCACCUUCAAAACUACUAUGCACCUUCAAGGGGUUCCAGAUGAAAUAAUGUGCAGAGCUUUCCUACUACCCUUAAAGGACCCGCAUGAGUGUGGUUCAACAAAAUACCUCCAAGCACAGGAAGCCUUAGCAGUGGACGAGAUGGAUGACAAUCUCCUUUUAGCGGCUUUCCACAAUGGGGUUCACUCUGACUUGUUCAUCCACAAGCUAUAUGAGCAAGAGCCUCAGACCAUGGCUGAACUCGUCCAUUCAGCCCAGAAUUUUAUGAAUGCGGAAGAUGCUAUCAUAGGCAAGAAGAGGAAGAGAGUUGAGAAAAUGGAUGCCAACCCUACUCGUCAUUCAGAACAAGGUCCUCGUCUUAAAAAGGGACGAACGGAAGACAAGAAGGAUCAAGACAAGAAGAAAGGCCCCUCAGCACGAAGUCAGCAGUAUAUGCCAUUAAACAUGCCACUCGAUCAAGUUCUAAUGCAAAUCAAGGAUGAUCCAUCCUUGAAGUGGCCAGAGAAAAUGAAGGGAGAUCCAAAUAAACGCAAUAGAAAUAAAUAUUGUCACUUCCAUAGAGACCAUGGGCAUGAUACGGACAAGUGUUUUGACCUAAAGCAGCAGAUUGAGAAUCUCAUAAGGCAGGGGAAGCUUAGGAGUUUCCUUGGAAGAGAUCACAAGGACGAAAAACUCAAGGGAAAAGCCGAAAAGUCGUCAUGA